AUUGCAUAGAAGUGCAGUACACGAAAUGCAGGCCCUCCUCGUGGUUUUCUAUUUACUGGUGCUGCAGGCGCUCUUUGGAAAAUCGGAGGAUCUCCUGGAACUGGCAUGCACCUCGGACCAACAGUGUGUCCAGUUCGAUCGGGGCAGAUGCCUGGAUAACAACUGCUACUGCUUGGCACGUGGAUCCGGCGAACGCGUGCCCUGCUCUCCUCUCGAGCAGAAACUGACGAACAUAAUCGGAGGUCCGUGUCCCUGUUCUCAGCGCCAUGCGGAGUGCGAUUCUCGCAGAGAUCAGUGCAUCUGUUCGCAGGGCUAUGUGCCAAGCGAGGAUCGAAGACGUUGCCUUCCGGAAGUAGUGCCUCUGGCAGGGAAAUGCGAGUUUUCCCGACAAUGUCAGCUGGCGGAUAGGUUCAGUCUCUGCCAUCCGCCAGAAAACAAAUGCUUGUGCCGCGCGAACUUUGAAGAGCAUCAGGGUCUCUGCCUGGCCGUGCUGCAGUCCUCUUGUCGUGAGGACAUGGAUUGCGGCAGUUGUGGCGCCUCGAUUUGUCUGCCCAAGAUUAAGAAAUGCGGCUGCUCGGAGAGCUUCGUCCACAACCGGAACCUGACCAUGUGCAUAUCCGGAAUAGCUUUUGGCGAGAAGUGCGAGCACAGUCCUCCAUGUCAGGUGAAACUGGGUGCCGGUGGUCAGUGCCUGGACCACCGAUGCUCCUGCCGAGCGACUCACUAUCCCAGAACGAUGAACCACAUUUCCAGACACACGGACGAGGAGGAAGAGCCUCAGACACACGAAGCUCUCAUUUGUGAUGCGAUUAUUCCAUACGGAGCCUAUUGCCGCAACGACGCCGAUUGUCGGAUGCAGUCCAGUACAAAGAACGAUACUCCGGCUCCAAGCGCUAUGACGUGCCAGUGGGGCGAAUGCCAGUGCAGCGAGAACCACAGGUUGCAGGAUGACCAAUGCAUCUAUGUGGAGAGUGGGGCGGGAACCAAUCUACUGCUGGAGGUACUGAUGCUUCUUUCGGUUAUAGUCACAUUUCGUUUGUUCUAGAACGUUUUCCUUUGUUAACUGCGAUGUAAUCCUUGUUAAAAUGCAUUUGUUGUUGUUAAUAUUGUUGUUAAAAAUGUAUGUUUAAGUUUACAUAAAA